AUCCCCCCCAACACCGUCCAAGCAACAUCCGCAGGACUGGCAGCAAUGAGAUCCAAAGCCAGAGCGAGGAAACUAGCCACAAACAAUGAGUGUGUAUAUGAAAGCUUCCCUGAGAUUCCUGUGGAAGAAGCAGCUGAAAAUGAUGGAGAACCAAGCACUUUGUCACUCAGUAUCCAUGAUCAAUCUUCUCCGGCAACAUCGAGUGAAGCCUUCACGCCAAAGGAGGGGUCUCCUUUCAAAGCUCCAAUAUACAUUCCUGAUGACAUCCCAAUUCCAUCAGAGUUUGAGCUUCGAGAAUCAAAUAUUCCUGGAGCUGGAUUAGGGAUAUGGACCAAAAGGAAGAUUGAAGUAGAUGAAAGAUUUGGACCCUAUGUAGGAGAACAUCGUCCAAGUCUUAAAGAUCCCAGUAAUGGAUGGGAGGUGUUCCAGGAAGUGGCCGCUAUGAUACUAAGGCCCUUUCCAAACCUUGCUGGACCAAACCUCUGA